GCAAUGGCAGUGGACCAUUGUAAAAGUGAUGUCGUCAAACAGUUAUACCAGAAAGAAGCGCAAUUCAGAUUAGGGCUUGUGCUUACAUGCAAAGCGUCUGCAUAUGCCGUAAAAUUACAGGAGGGGGCAGACGUGAUGGUCACACCAAAGCCUGAAUUUGUUUGUUUCGUCUAUGACCAUUGGACGAAGAUUUUUGAGGCUCGAGUGGUGGAUGUCAAAAGUCCGCCACUCAAAGAACUUGGUGAUUCUGGUCAUCUUUCGAUGACACUGAUGAGGAUUUGGACAAUGAAGAAAACCCCUUCGCCAAAACGGUAGGUUAUAUUUUUCUAUCAUUAUUUGUUUUUACACAUACUUUUCUCACAUUUAUGUCUCAAAAUUAAAAUAGUUCGCUUUUCAUGUCUCAAAAUUAACAUUGGCCACCAUUACUCACAUUAAUUUUGUUUAAUCUUAUUUUUUG